AUGGCAGAUGCAGCAAGCCAAGCAGCCGCAAAUCCGGAUAGAUUUGUCUACCAUCAGCUAUUCACUCCCACAUUCCACCAUGAUGUGUAUCCGACAAUUGACCCUAAGAAUCCUAGCCUAACACAAGAAGGACGCAUCAUUUUGAUCACAGGCGCCAGUGGCCCAAUUGCAUCUGAACAUGCACGAUUUUUUGCUCAAGCAGGAGCAAAAGCUAUUAUCAUUAGUGCUCGACGUCUGGAAAUAUUGGAAGCACUGAAGAAGGAGAUCGAAAGCUCUUAUCCUAAUACCGAAGUUGUGCCUAUUGGGUGUGACUUGACUUCCGAGAGCGAUGUUGCCAAUCUCUUUGAGACGACCAUAUCCAGGUUUGGUACAGUUGAUGUGGUCAUUGCCUGUGCAGCCUCUCGUUCGCAGAUGAAGAAGAUUGGAGAGACGGAUAUUACGGGGUGGUGGAACGAUUUUGAAACUAACGUCAAGGGCCUCUAUCUGUUGGCCCGGCAUGCUGCAAAUGUGAAACCGGAGGGGACUAUCACCUUCAUUAAUGUCACAAGCAGCAUGGCUAUUGAGACAAUUCCGACAAGGUCAAACUACGGAAUUACCAAAUCAGCAGGAUGUAAACUCAUAGAAUAUUUGCAUGCAGAGCAUCCAAAUGUCCGGGCUUUCAAUCUUCACCCUGGCAUUGUCCCAAACGGUGUCGUAUUUGGAAUGCUUGCAGGAGCAAAUGUAGAUACACGUGCCGAGUUCCUGCGGGGAAGAUUUAUCUCUGCCAACUGGACAAUAGACGAUUUGGAGGCUAAGAAGGAAGAAAUUGUGAAGCAAAACCUGCUUACCACGUAUAUCAGAGCAAAGUUUGGGCCCGGAGGUCAUUUUGCCCAGUAG